CAGGAAAUACCAAGGGGUGGGUUGGUGGGAUGUCUUGCGAUAUGAUUUGGGUGGAUGAGGUUGAAGUGGCGGAGUGGAGCGCCACCGGGGUCGUACUCGCCGGGGGUCGGGGGGCGCAUGCGCUGCCGCUCUCUUCCCCCGUCUCUCUUUUUCUCUCCUCUUCAACCUUCUCACUCCGUACCCCUGCCUCCCCCCAACCCACCCCCAAUAGCCCUCCCAGGUGCGGGCGCACUUCGUGGAGCGCUUCUCCGCGGGGGCGCCGCUGACGGGCGGGGCGGUGGUGGGGCCCGCCAUCCGCGGGGUGCAGGAGAAGGUCAGCUGGGUGGAGAAGUUCGUGGCGGCAGCCGCGUCGGACGAGCAGCAGCCGCAGCAGCCGCAGCAGCCGCAGCAGCCGGGGGCUGCGGAGGCGGGAGCGGGAGCGGAGGGAGGAGAGGUGGCAGGGGCAGCGGAGCCUCCGGCUCCCCCUCUGCUGCACGCCGACUCUACCGUUAGCAACGCCACCGCCCCCUCCUCCGACCGCACCAGCAGCGCAGGAGGAGGAGGCUCCCUGCUGCCGCCAGGUCUGAUCGGCCGCGGAGGGGGAGCAGGGCCGAGCGGACCUCCCUCCCUGCAGCACUCCAGCUCGCUGGGAGCAGCAGCAGCCGGAGCCGGAGGACCCGUCGGGGUGUCCGUGGGUGCUGUGGCUGCGGGUGGUGGUGGUGGCGCCGGCAGCAGCGGCGGCCCCCCCAGCGGCGAGGUGCCGUCCGCCGCCUCCCCGCCCGACCGCUGCUGCGGCGGCUGGUUGCUGCGUCAGCGCAUGUCGCUGCACCUGGGGGUGCUGCACUACUCGCCAACACUGGAGCCCUUCCCGCUGCUGGCGGACCCGGCGGGCUACGAGCCCAACACGCUGAACAUCACGGGCGACGAGGAGGAGCUGCGCUGGUGGGUGGGGGUGCUGCGGGAGCAGGUGCCCACUGUGGUGGAGAAGGCGGCGGCCAGCGAGGGGGGAGGCGAGGCGGCGCAGCGGAGGGCGCAGGCGUUUGGAAGGGCCUUCUCCGCGCACCUGGACCGCAUGACCUCGGAGCCCGGCAGCUACGGCGCGCUGGGGCUGGGCGAGCUGUUCGGCAUGCGGGAGGAGUGCCUGCGGGAGUUUGGGUUCGAGGACGUGUACAGGCUGGAGAAGGAGCGUGAGAACCGCGCCGCCCUGGCCGUCCUGCCCGACCUCCUCCGCGAGCUGGACUCCGAACCCCUACCCGCCCGCCUGCUGAGUCUGGUGGAGGGGGUGCUGGCCGCCAACAUAUUCGACUGGGGCAGCCAGGCAUGUGUGGCGCUGUACCGCGACGGCACCAUUCUGGACAUCUACAGGUCGGCGCGGCUGAAGCUGGCCAAGCGGCCCUGGGCGCGGGACAACUUUGAUGCCUUUGCGGCGAGGAUUCUGGAGGCGGUGGGCGGGGCGGAGGCGGCGGGGAGAGCCCCCACCCGCCCCCCCUUCCGCCGCGUUAUGAUGUUCAUUGACAACAGCGGCGCUGAUGCGGUGCUGGGCAUGCUGCCCUUUGCGAGGGAGCUGCUGAGGAUGGGCUGCGAGGUUGUGUUGGUGGCCAACUCGCUCCCCGCCAUCAACGACAUCACCGCCCCCGAGCUGCGCGCGCUGCUGGGGCAGGUGGCGGAGCUGUGCCCCAUCAUUCGGGCGGCUCGGGAGGCGGCGGUGCGGGUGGAGCACGCCACGGGCGGCCACGUGCCCCCCUACCCGGGCCUCACUCCCGCCCGCCGCACCUCCUCCGCCCUGCCGCCCUCCAGCGGAGGCGCGGGAACCCCCACCGGCCGGCGCUCCUUCGCUGUGGAGCCGCCGCUCUCACAGCAGCUGCAGCUGCAGCAGCCCCAGCCGUCAGCAGCAGCAGCAGCAGCAGCGGCAGCAGCGGCAGGAGCAGGGGAGGGAGCGGGGGCCGGCCCGUCGUCUACGGCUGCAUGGACUGCCAGCAGCAGCACCAGCAGCAUGCAGCGCAAGCCCUCCACCUCACCCUUCGCCGCUGCUGCCGCCUCACCCGUACCCUCUCCUGACCCCACCGCACCCGCCUCCUCGCACCCCCCCGCCGCCGCACUUCCCAUCCCCGCCGGCCGCCCUUCCGCCCACUCCUACCCGCACCUCCCACCCACCACCUCGGAGGGAGCUGGCACCCCACCGCCGCCCCCCGCCUGGCAUGCAGCCGCCUCAGACCCCGCCGUCAACGCGCCCGGCCCCAAGCUGUACGUUGUGGCGAACGGGCAGGGCAGCCCCUGCCUGGACCUGAGGAGGGUGCCGGACAGGCUGGCGGAGGCGUGCGUGGGAGUGGACCUGCUGGUGAUCGAGGGCAUGGGUCGCGCCAUCCAUACCAACCUGCACGCCACCUUCACCUGCGAUGUGCUCAAGCUGGCCAUGAUCAAGACGGAGAGGCUGGCGCGGAAGCUGUUCGGGGGCGGGUUGUACGACUGCAUUUGCGUGUAUGCCACGGCGGAGGAGCAGCAGCAGUGAGGGAGGAGGGAGGAAGAUACAGGAGGGAGGGGAGGGGGAGGAGGCGUAAUUGAGAAGUGAAGCGUCCCAUCCCAUGCCCCGGCCCAUGCAGUGAGCGGUGCUGAGGAGGGAGAGGGCGGGGAAGACGAAGGAAAGGUCGUGCUUUGAUUGGCCCGUCCCCCUCGGGAACUCCUGGCGAGUGGAUGCAGGUUUGCGGGGGGGGUGCGGGAUUGGAUGAAGGGUGCGGUAUUAAGGCACAUGAGCGGAGGAGUGGUGGCGG